AUGGCCCACGCCCCCGUCAACUCCGCCAUCGUGCCCGGCGUCAGCCGUUUCUCUCGCUCGGCUUCUUACGCCAAGAAGGCCCUCUUCAAGAAGGAGAAGAAGACCGUCGCGGCUAAGGCUUCUGCCCCGGCGUCCCACAAGACCGUCGAGGUCGGUGGUGCCAAGAACGGAAAGUCCCGCAACGUCCCCGUCGCAAAGGCUUCCCGUUGGUACCUCGCUGAGGAUGCGCCAGUCCCCAAGAAGUCCCGCAAGGCCCCCAAGCCCGCUAAGCUUCGCGCGUCCAUCACCCCCGGCACCGUCUUGAUCGUUCUGUCCGGAAAGUACCGUGGAAAGCGUGUUGUCUUCCUGAAGCAGCUCGAGACUGGCCUUCUGCUCGUCACCGGACCCCACAAGGCCAACGGUGUCCCCAUCCGUCGUGUCAACCAGGCCUACGUGAUCGCCACCUCCACCAAGAUUGACAUCUCUGGUGUCAACACGGAGAAGUUCACCGACGCCUACUUCAACAAGGAGAAGGACGCCAAGAAGGGUGCGACUGAGGAGGCUUUGUUCGACGCCAAGCAGAAGAAGGCUACCCCCGCCUCCCGUGUUUCGGACCAGAAGGAGGUUGACAAGGCCAUCCUUGCCGUCCUCAAGAAGGAUCGUGUGUUGAAGUCUUACUUGAACGCCAGCUUCGCUUUGUCCCGAGGGCAAUUCCCCCACUUGUUGAAGUUCUAA